AGGCCCCGGGGCGGCUGCUCGAGUCGUUUUUGCCGCCGCCGCCAGGCCCGCGCCGCCGGAGCCCCGCCGAGGAGCCGCCGCCGCCGCCGGGGACGGAUCCCAGGGAGAAAGAACAAGAAACACAAAAAGAGGAACGUUUGAUGGAAGAAAAGAAAAAGAAAAAGCAGGAAGAAAAGAAAAAGAAGGAAGGUGCUCAGAAAAAGGCUGCUGAUCAAAAAACCAAAGUGCCAGAACCUACUAAGACCUGUUCAAGCCAGCCCCAACCUGCCGGGACCAGUACCAGUACUUCCACCAGCACUCUCUCCAGCAGCAGCAAUGGCAAACGUGCGUCUGCCGGCGGCCAGCAGCCAGCUGCAUCCCGUUACCUGCCUCGCGAGGUGCCCCCACGCUUCCGCCAGCAAGAACAGAAGCAGCUGUUAAGGAGAGGCCAGCCACUGCCCACGGGGGCUCCGACCGGCGUGAGCCCCACCCCGGGUGCUGGGCCUGCAGGGCUGAGCCCUCCGCCGCUGCCUGGAGCCGGAGCACAGCCGCACGCCAGCAAGCCCCAGCCAGAAAUCGGCCACAGCGGGCUGGCAGAGCAUUAUGAAAGUUCCCACUGGGGACAGCAGCCCACUUACAGAAGCGAAGCCAACGGCAGCUGGGAUAAAGUGAUAAUAGACAGGACCGAUAAGGAGGCGUGGCCUUCCAUCACGGGAACAGAGGCUGAGUCUGCCUCAGAAUGUACGACAGACACUGACUGUACCUCCAGCUGUGGCUCAGAGAACAGUAGCAUGGCUACAGGCAGUGCCCAGGGCAGCUUCACUGGACAAACCAAGAAGGCGAACGGCAAUAACGGCACCAAUGGCGCGCUCGUCCAAAGCCCUUCUAAUCAGAGUGCCCUUGGGGCGGGGGGAGCAAACGGUAAUGGAAACGCAGCCAGAGUGUGGGGCGUAGCCACGGGCUCCAGCUCCGCCCUGGCUCACUGCUCCCUCAGUGGUGGGGAUGGAAAGAUGGACAACAUGAUCGGAGAUGGGAGAAGUCAGAAUUGCUGGGGUGCUUCCAACUCCAAUGCUGGCAUUAAUCUUAACCUUAAUCCCAACGCCAACCCAGCUGCCUGGCCUGUACUUGGACAUGAAGGAACUGUGGCGACAGGCAACCCUUCCAGUAUUUGCAGUCCAGUCAGUGCCAUAGGUCAAAACAUGGGCAACCAGAAUGGGAACCCAGCGGGCACUUUAGGUGCUUGGGGAAACUUGCUGCCGCAAGAGAGCACAGAACCACAAACGUCCACUUCUCAGAAUGUGUCUUUCAGCGUACAACCUCAGAACCUUAACACUGAUGGACCAAAUAACACUAACCCCCUGAACUCUUCACCAAACCCUAUCAAUGCAGUGCAGACAAACGGACUGCCAAACUGGGGCAUGGCUGUUGGUGUGGGGGCCAUCAUCCCGCCCCACCUGCAAGGCCUUCCUGGUGCUAACGGAUCAUCAGUUUCUCAAGUCAGUGGGGGUGGCAGCGAAGGAAUCAGCAGUUCUGUGUGGGGACUGUCCCCAGGUAACCCUGCCACAGGAAAUAGCAAUUCUGGGUUCAAUCAGGGGAAUGGCGACACUGUGAACUCAGCAUCAAGUGCUAAGCAGAAUGGCUCCAGCAGUGCUGUGCACAAGGAGGGAAACGGAGGGAACGCGUGGGAUUCGGGACCUCCUGCCGGUCCUGGCAUCCUCGCCUGGGGGCGGGGCAGUGGCAACCAUGGCGUCGGUAACCUCCAUUCGGGAGCUUGGGGCCACCCCAGCCGAAGCCCCUCUAACGGGGUGAACGGGGACUGGGGAAAGCCCCCAAACCAGCAUUCCAGUAGCGACAUCAAUGGGAAAGGAUCAACAGGGUGGGAGAGUCCUAGUGUCGGCAGCCAGAAUCCUGCCACGCAGCCUGGCAGCGAACACACGAACUCUUGGGCCAAAGCUGCGUCUUCUGGAACGACAGCAAGUGAAGGAAGCAGCGACGGUUCUGGCAGCCACAACGAAGGAAGCGCUGGGAGGGAAGGAACAGAAGGCCGAAGGCGAGACAAAGGGAUUCUAGACCAAGGGCACAUCCAAUUGCCAAGGAACGAUCUUGACCCAAGAGUUCUGUCUAAUACUGGUUGGGGACAGACUCCAGUAAAGCAAAACACUGCCUGGGAAUUUGAAGAAUCCCCAAGGUCUGAGAGAAAGAAUGACAAUGGGACAGAGGCCUGGGGUUGUGCAGCUACUCAGCCUUCAAACUCAGGGGGGAAGAACGAUGGGUCCAUCAUGAACAGUACAAAUACCUCUUCAGUAUCGGGGUGGGUCAGCUCACCACCUGCUGCUGCGCCAGCAAACACAGGUUGGGGAGAUAGCAGCAGCAAAGCGCCAAAUGGCCCCGGGGUUUGGGGGGACACGAUAAGCUCUACUGCUGUUAAUAAUGCUGCUGCGGCCAAGAGUGGCCACGCUUGGAGUGGGACCGUAAAUCAGGAGGACAAGUCACCCACCUGGGGUGAGCCUCAAAAACCCAGAUCUCAGAACUGGGGAGAUGGACACAAAUCGAAUCCAGCCUGGAGCGCAGGUGGGGGAGAUUGGGCAGACUCGUCUUCUGUCCUUGGACACUUGGGGGAUGGGAAAAAAAAUGGCUCUGGAUGGGAUGCUGACAGUAAUCGAUCAGGGUCUGGUUGGAAUGAGGCUCCAAGGUCCGGGACCAGUGGCUGGGGCAAUGGCACAAAUGCAAAGGUGAAUCCAGGGACAAGCUGGGGAGAGUCUUUAAAGCCCGGCCCCCAACAGAACUGGGCGAGCAAACCCCAAGACAGCAGCGCGAGUAACUGGGGAGGAGCCACUUCCAUUAAACAGACAGGAACAGGGUGGAUUGGGGGGCCGGUCCCUGUCAAACAGAAGGACAGCAGUGAGGCCACGGGCUGGGAGGAACCUUCCCCGCCAUCUAUUCGACGCAAAAUGGAAAUUGAUGACGGUACCUCAGCUUGGGGCGACCCGAGCAACUACAACAAUAAAACUGUAAACAUGUGGGACAGAAACAACCCGGGCAUCCAGAGCAGUGCCUCGGUCAGCACCACCACCAGCACCAGCACCACCACCACGAGCACCAACGCCAACGUGGCCGAGGCGCCCCCGACGCACCAGGCCAGCGCCCAGCUGAACCGAUCGCCACUGCUCGGUCCAGUUUCGUCAGGCUGGGGAGAAAUGCCUAAUGUUCAUUCAAAGGCUGAAAACUCUUGGGGAGAGCCAUCCUCCCCUUCUACCCUGGUUGAUAACGGCACAGCAGCAUGGGGCAAGCCGCCCAGCAGCGGCAGCGGAUGGGGGGACCAGCCCACCGAGCCGGCGGUGACAUUUGGAAGAGCCGGCGCCCCCGCGGCCGCCCCAACCCUGUGCAAACCAGCUUCAAAAUCUAUGCAAGAAGGCUGGGGCAGCGGCGGGGACGAUGCGAACCUCGGUGCCGGUCAGUGGGAAGACGAGGACGGGGGCAUGUGGAACAACGCCGCUUCCCAAGAAAGCACCUCUUCCUGCAGUUCCUGGGGGAACGCCCCCAAAAAAGGACUCCAAAAGGGCAUGAAAACAUCUGGCAAGCAGGACGAGGCCUGGAUCAUGACCCGGCUGAUCAAACAACUCACAGACAUGGGCUUCCCGAGAGAGCCAGCUGAAGAGGCCUUGAAGAGUAACAAUAUGAAUCUUGACCAGGCCAUGAGCGCUCUGCUGGAAAAGAAGGUGGACGUGGACAAGCGUGGACUGGGAGUGACCGACUACAAUGGGAUGGUCACCAAGCCCCUUGGCUGCCGCCCACCCAUCUCCAAAGAGUCUUCCGUGGACCGCCCCACCUUCCUGGACAAGGAUGGCGGCCUCGUGGAAGAGCCCACGACUUCACCAUUUUUGCCUUCACCAAGCCUGAAGCUCCCCCUUUCCAACAGUGCACUCCCUCAUCAGGCCCUGGGUGGGAUUGCCUCAGGGCUGGGCAUGCAGAACUUGAAUUCUUCUAGACAGACACCGAGUGGCAAUCUGGGCAUGUUUGGCAGCAGCGGAGCAGCACCAGCGAGGACCUUGCAGCAGCCGCCACAGCCGCCCGUGCAGCCCCUGAGCUCCUCCCAGCCCAGUCUCCGUGCUCAAGUGCCUCAGUUUCUAUCCCCUCAGGUUCAAGCACAGCUUUUGCAGUUUGCAGCAAAAAACAUUGGUCUCAACCCUGCACUAUUAACCUCGCCAAUUAAUCCUCAGCAUAUGACGAUGUUGAACCAGCUCUAUCAGCUGCAGCUGGCAUACCAACGUUUACAGAUCCAGCAGCAGAUGCUACAGGCCCAGCGGAACGUUUCCGGACCCAUGAGACAACAGGAGCAGCAAGUUGCGCGCACAAUCACUAACCUGCAGCAGCAGAUCCAGCAGCACCAGCGCCAGCUGGCCCAGGCCCUGCUCGUGAAGCCGCCGCCGCCCCCGCCGCACCUGUCUCUGCACCCCUCUGCAGGCAAAUCGGCCCUGGACAGCUUCCCUCCCCACCCCCAGGCCCCCGGCCUCCCCGACCUGCAGACCAAAGAGCAGCAGUCUUCACCCAGCACCUUCGCUCCCUACCCUCUCGCUGGACUGAACCCAAACAUGAAUGUCAGCAGCAUGGACAUGACUGGUGGUUUAUCAGUGAAGGACCCGUCUCAGUCCCAGUCACGCCUCCCUCAGUGGACACAUCCCAACCCGAUGGAUAACUUACCUGGUGCUGCUUCUCCACUCGACCAGAACCCCAGCAAGCAUGGUGCUAUCCCUGGAGGUCUGAGCAUUGGGCCUCCAGCUAAGUCCUCCAUCGACGACUCCUAUGGCCGGUACGAUUUAAUCCAGAGCAGUGAGUCACCAGCCACUCCUCCUGUAGCUGUUCCCCACAGCUGGUCACGUGCCAAGUCUGACAGUGAUAAAAUCUCAAAUGGCUCCAGCAUCAACUGGCCCCCAGAGUUCCAUCCUGGAGUUCCCUGGAAAGGACUUCAGAAUAUAGAUCCCGAGAAUGACCCUGACGUCACUCCUGGAAGUGUCCCCACCGGGCCUACCAUCAAUACCACCAUACAGGAUGUCAACCGCUACCUCCUCAAGAGUGGAGUGACAGGAUUCUGCGUGUGCCUGUGGUUCACGUAGAAAAGCGCCAUAAACACAGAUCACCUUCCCAUUGAGUGCCGUGCAUUCCUCGUGUCGUGAGGCGGCUGCAUCUCAGAGCGGGGACGUUGCAGGCCACCCCGAGGUCGGGGACGGAUGAGUGGCACGGGGGACGAGAGGCUGUGGGACGUGGAGCCUGUUUGAAGUGGUGGGGACCGGGGGGUGGCACAGCCAGAGGUGAGACUUGGCCAUCGCCCCUCGGCACCCUGCGUGUGGCCGCAGGGUUGAGCCGGGCAGCGGGGUGGGUCAACGUGUUCGAGGUUGUGGAGGGUGGGUGAGCCAUGCCGAUCAGGGCAGUAGAAGACCUUGCAAAGAGUCGAGGCUGCUCAGCACAGAGCAGAGCUUCCCAACUGGUGCCUGAUGGUCAGCCCGUGGUCCCUGGCACCUGGGGCAUCGUGGGCCACCUCCGCCUUUGCACGCGUGUGCCGUGACGCGACACAGGCCUCCUGGAGGGGCAGGGGAGUUCCGAGGGCAGAGCUGAGCAGAUGAGACGAACGUCAGGGCAGAGGGAAGCUUAGCCUCAGAGACGUUGGCUGAAACGGGACCUCAGCUGUAGGACAGAGAGAGCUCCCUGCAGCCUCACAUGGCCCUGUGUGACUUCUGGGGGCUGGAGCCCGGGGACGGCGCCUCCUCCACCCCGUGACCAGGCCUCGCCCCGGAAAGCCCUGGCUCCCCCGCCUCCUGGUUUGUUUAUCUGAGAGAAGGGGCGGGGUGAACGGAUCUUUAUGUAGAACUUAUUUACAAAAGGCACCACAGCCGCAGGGCCAGAAGUAAACUGCAAAGGCCAGACCUCGCUGACCACCCCUCUCCAGGGCCCACGUGCCGCACCCCACACUCGAGGGCCUUCAGGCGCCCCAGGGGCUGACCUCGCUCAGGGCCCAGCCACAAAAGCCUGUCGUAUUUUUGAGUGACCAUCUUGAUCUAAAAUACAGAGAAGGGACUUCCCUGGUGGCGCAGUGGUUAGGAAUCCGCCUGCCAGUGCAGGGGACAUGGGUUCGAGCCCUGGGCUUGGAAGAUCCCACAUGCCACGGAGCAACUAAGCCCAUGCGCCACAACUACUGAACCUGCGCUCUAGAGCCCGUGAGCCACAACUACUGAGCCCACGCGCCGCAACUACUGAAGCCCGCACACCUGGAGCCUGUGCUCCGCAACGAGAGAAGCCACCACAAUGAGAAGCCCACGCACCGCUACGAAGAGCAGGCCCUGCUCGCUGCAGCUAGAGAAAGCCCGUGCGCAGCAACGAAGACCCAACGCAGCCAAAAAUAAAAUAAAUAAACAAAUAAAUAAAAUACAGAGAAAAAAAUUGAGAAAAUGUGCCCAGAAGGAAAAGAGUGAGAAAUGCCACUGACCUCUUGUUGUUGGCUUAUUUAUUUUACAUAUUUUCAUAAUGGAAUUUUCUUUUAUUGAGUAUACUAGGUGUUGGGUUUUUAUUUGCAUUUUUGUUUUUAUUUAUUGUCAUUGGUGUUAAGUUCUGAUUU